AUGUCGAUGAACCUGACAAAAGGCAGAAGAGAACAGAAUGGUGAAACUUUCACAACGAAUGUUUUUCCCUCAGGGCGGCUGAGGGCUGGCAGCGGGAAGUUCCAAUUUAGGACCGUGACAACAAGGAUUGUCCCUGACAGUGGGCUCGGAAGGGGGAAGUUGCGAAUUUGGGCUGUGGCUGGCUCGCUGUUCGUCAAAGUCAUUAAGCGCCAAGCGCCAGCGAAGAGGGCUCAGCAAGCUCAGCCUUUUCAAGAAAAUGGGGACCCUGAGAAGUGUGGAGGAGACAAUAUGCGGAGGACAAAUCGAGCUGCAACGCAAGGGCGGGGAGUACUACUGGACAUGCGAAAAGAGAGACAUGAUAUCGAAUACAGGAUGGGCGCCGGCCUUGGGCAUCAAGAGAUCCGUGUUGGUGCUGUUACGACCCGAAUGUUGCCUCAACUGCACGAGAUGGAAUUUCGAGAGAUCUCAUUGUCUAGAACUCCCCGCUUGUGA